AUGGCGUUUCUCAACCGAAACCCGUCGCUAUGUUUUCUCGUGCUAACUUUCGCAUAUCUGUUGUUGCUAACCUCUCCGGUGCAUUCUCUCAGCUGUUCAUCACAGAAGUUCACCAACAACAAGCUCUAUACCAAGUGCACCGAUCUACCAACCCUCGGUGCAUCGCUCCACUGGACUCACAUCCCAAAAAACCCCUCCCUCUCAAUCGCAUUCGUCGCGCCUCCUGCUAAACCAGAGGGAUGGAUCGCGUGGGCUAUUAACCCGACACAAACCGGCAUGGCCGGUUCUCAAGCACUCGUCGCGUUCAAGGACUCGAACGGCUCGAUGACAGUGAAGACAUACAACAUCAGCUCGUAUUCCUCCCUUGUUGAAGGCAAGAUCUCGCUUGAAGUUCCAGAGUCCAGUGCGGAGUACAGCGACAAAUCGAUGAAGAUCUUCGCAACGGUGAAGUUGCCGAAGACGAUGACGGAGGUGAAUCAUGUCUGGCAGGUCGGUGGUUCGGUUGAGGAGGGAAUGCCGGUGAAACAUGAAUUCCAGCCAGCGAAUUUGAAGGCGAUGGGGAAACUGCAACUGCAAUUGACGGAGAAUGCACAGAGUAAUGAUACUGCUACAACCCCCGUCGGCAGUCCUAGCAUUGCUCCGAUCACAUCCAUAACUCCAUCCCCAAGCCCAAAGACUAACUCAGGUUCUCGCAAUACCAUAACGUACGCAUUCUUUAUGCUUAUGGUUAGGGUUUUGAUCUUGAAUUAG